AUGGAUCGUCUUAACCGGAUGCUCCAGGCCGCUCAAGGCAUGGGGAUGGGAGGCGCUGCUCCCGGUGGUGAUACUCCAAACUUGAUUGAUAACUCUGAAACCGUCCACAUCUCCUCCUUGGCUCUGCUGAAGAUGCUACGACAUGGACGCGCGGGUGUCCCGAUGGAGGUCAUGGGCCUCAUGCUGGGCGAGUUCGUUGAUGAAUACACAGUUCGGGUAGUGGACGUCUUUGCUAUGCCCCAGAGCGGUACAGGUGUCAGUGUUGAGGCAGUGGAUCCCGUGUUCCAAACUAGAAUGAUGGAAAUGCUCCGCCAGACGGGACGACCAGAAACUGUUGUUGGCUGGUACCAUUCGCAUCCUGGUUUCGGCUGCUGGCUCUCCUCGGUCGAUAUCAACACUCAGCAAUCCUUCGAGCAGCUCACACCGCGUGCGGUUGCCGUUGUCGUCGAUCCUAUCCAGUCAGUGAAGGGCAAGGUCGUCAUUGAUGCCUUCCGUCUCAUCCAACCUCAGACGGUGGUCAUGGGUCAGGAGCCCCGCCAGACUACAUCAAACUUGGGUCACCUCAACAAGCCUUCGAUCCAGGCUCUGAUUCACGGCCUCAACCGCCACUAUUACAGCAUUGCGAUUGAUUACCGCAAGACGGGAUUGGAAGAGAACAUGUUGAUGAACCUUCACAAGCAUGUAUGGACCGAGGCCUUGGAGAUGAGUGACUUCCACGAGGAGGGUAAGCACAAUGUGGACCGCAUGAAGCAGCUUGUUCUUCUUGCAGAGGGCUACGAGAAGCGGAUCAAGGAAGAGACGGAGUUGAGCAAGGAUCAGCUGAAGACGAGAUACGUUGGCAAGGUUGAUCCCAAGAAGCACAUCGAGGACGUAAGUCAACAGUUGAUUGAGGAUAACAUUGUUGCCGUCUCGCGGCAGAUGAUUGACAAGGAAGCUUCCGUGGCACGGCAAUCAUCCAAAGAAGACACGAAUGGUGCUGUCAUGGAAGUUGAUGAAGACCUCUAA